AUGCCAAGUUUCAAAAUUAUAUAGCAAGUCAAUCCAAUGGUAAAAUAGACUUUUGAUUUGCCAGAACUAAUCCCUAAGUCCCAAUCUAACUUAUCAACAAAGUAUUCUAUGAGAGUCGAUUUGGAUUCUUUGGUAACUGAACUAGAAAAUAGAGCGUCUAAUCAAUUAAUAUUCUUAAGCCCUAAUAUCAGAGAAAAUGAGGGAUUAGAUGAAGACAAAUAGAUAAAAUAAUAACAUGCUAAAUAAACGAAAGGAUUUAGAAUAAAUAGAAAGAUUAUUCCUAAGAAAGUAGAAAGUGAUAUGUCAAAUUGUUACAAAUUUAGUUAAAGCUGCACAAGUGGAGAUUCAACUGAUCAGGAAUAUUAAAAUGAGAUUAAAGUGUAUUAAAAUGAAGGAGUCAAUAGAGACUCUAAAAAUAUCUCUUGUUUGGUAAUUACUGAUUCAUCUAGCGAAGAUGAGGGGUAAGACUUGAAUUAACUUCAAAAUAAUGCAAUUUAGCUACCAACUAUAUAAGAAACUUAAUAAAAAUAGAAGUCUGCAGAGUCUGAUACCCAUGUCUUUAAAAAUAAAAUAAUUCCAUAACUGAGGUUUGGUACACCAAUUCCUUCUUGUAAAAAGAGAGGGCUUGCAAACCAUGACUAAUAGACUCGAUUUAAGAAUAACAGCAUUUAAAAGCAGAAUGCUAAAGUAUAUCAAUCAAGGUUUUAAGAUGUUGAAAGAAGUAUAGUCUAGAACAUAAAUUAAAGUACUCUAAGUUAAAUCAAAAGAUAGGAUAACUAUUACAAUUAUCUCGACUCCUGUGUUUAAGAUAAAAAAGAUCAAGAUAAGAAAAAGGAUUUCUUAGAAAUUAAUGAAACAAAAUAAAAGAAAAUCAAGAUUAAAGAUUAUGUAAGAAAGCAUUUUGAAAUCCUAGAUAGUCCUUUUAAAACCUUGAAUUCUUAGAAAAGUAACUCUGAUCAAACUAAAUUAUAAAAAACGUAUGUUAAUCGGAAAAAAUAUAAUAAUACAGUCCUUGAAGGUUAGAGUAACUUAUAUACAUCAGAACAAAGUGAAGGAAAUAGAACAUUCAAUUAAUUGGAUGAAUUAAAUGAGAUGAGUUCGUAUAAUUACAAAUUUAGAGAUGAGCAAAUGUCUAGAUUUAAUAAUUUUCUCGAUCUCUAAUCAAGUAAAGCCAAAGUAAUAAGUCCAAUUAGUAACACUUUUUUGUACCACAAAUUGAAAAACUAGAAUUAAAAAUUCGAUUAGGAGAGUCAAAGUUUAUUGAUUCCUCAUGACAUUGAUAGAUUAAUGGUAUAAAAGAUGAAUCAAGAGCGUAUGAAAGCUGGUUUCUAAAUUAUGAUGCCCAGACAUUAAAGUAAUAAGCCAAUGAUGAGAGAUACUAUUGGAUCUUCAAAUAAUUGCUAUUAAAAUAAUACUAAAACAAUGGAAAAGUGUAACUUGAAAAAACUAACAAUUAAUUCCUUAAACCCUGUUUUUGGAAAUUAGACUUAAUUCGACAGAUUAUAGAGUAAAAGAAUAAUUUGA